AUGAAUGUCAAGACUAUGAAGAUGAAUUAAUCGAGGUAAUUAAGGCAAGAUUAGAAAUUAAGGGUAGAAUAGAAAGAGAAAUAACAGAAUUAAUAAAUGAUGGUAGAGGACUUAGAAAAUUCACUGACCCCAAAACAAUAGAAGAGGUUACUAACCGAAUAAAAAGCAUGGAGCGAAAGGCAAAAGAUAAAGAAGAUCAUGCUACUCAACUAAUUGCUGAAAAAAUCGAUAGUGGUUUUGAAGAAGAAGAGCAGUUUGAUGAGCAGAUAGAAGAGAAGGUUAUUGAGGAAAGCAAAGAGCCAAUCAGCGAACUAGAAAAAUUAGCAAUUAUUAAAUUUUUAGAUAAAUUGGCAUUUAACUCAUAUUAUUAUCCUCGUCUUGAAAAAGAAAAUCCGGUUAGUGUAAGAAAAGUUCAAAAGGCUAUUUUUAUUGAGGAUGAAAUGAUUAAAUAUGCUGAAACAAUUAAGGAAAUUAAUCUUAAAGAAAAAGUAGAAAAGAUCCGUUCUCAAAGGGUCGGCGAUAUUUAUCAUUUUGUCCAAAAUAUAAAAGGAGGAAGUGGCAAACCGGAAGAAGCCAAAAAGGUUUUAGUAGAAUUUGCUAAUAUUUUAAAACAAGAGGUUAAAAAAGAAGCAGGAGUCGAAUUUACUGAUUUACCUACUGAAAAGCAAGAUUUAUUAAAAAUUGAUUUUGAAGCAGAUCAAAACAACUCUGCCAGAAAACUUGCCGAAAGCAAAAAGAAAUUACUCGCUCCUUUUAAAAAACAAUCCUCUAAUAAAAAUAAUGAAGAAAAGGAUUGA